AUGAUAAUAAUUCUAAUAUGGAGCGCCGUGCUCGUCGCGGUGUUUGUUUUGUUCUUCCGUCAGAAGUACUCCAGGUUUAGUGAAUAUGGCGUGAAGCAUAUGAAGGUGGUACCCUUAUUUGGAAAUAUGCUGAGGAUUGUGCUUCGUAAGGAACACUUAGCUGAAAAUUUGAAUAACAUUUACACAAGCUUCUCGGAGGAAAGAUAUGAAUUCUUACGACCUACGAUAGUGAUACGUGAUCUAGAUCUAAUAAAGAAGAUCACUGUCAAAGAUUUCGAAAAUUUCCUUGACCAUCGAGGUUUUACGGAUGAAAAAGUCGACCCCCUUUUUGCUAGAAAUCUCUUUUCACUGAAAGGUCAGGAAUGGAAGGAUAUGCGUUCAACUUUAAGCCCAGCGUUCACGAGCUCCAAAAUAAAGUUGAUGGUGCCCUUCAUGGACGAAGUGGGCGAGAAGAUGAUACGAGCGUUACAGAAGAAAAUCAAAGAUUCUGAUGGUUACAUUGAUAUUGACUCCAAGGACCUUACAUCUCGUUACACCAACGAUGUUAUCGCUUCUUGCGCUUUCGGUCUCAAAGUGGAUUCUUACACCGAUGAAAAUAAUCAAUUUUAUGAAAUGGGAAAAGCAGCGGUUUUCGUCAAACUUCGACAAAUAAUACUCAUUUUUGCUAGUUCUGCUUUUCCAUUCCUUAUUAAGAUACUUAAGCAAUCAAUAUUCACACCUGAAGUUAAAAAUUUCUUCAUUGAUCUUGUACAAAACACCAUGAAAGAUAGAGAAGCUCGUAACAUUACAAGGCCAGAUCUUAUACAUCUACUCAUGGAGGCUAAGAAGGGAAAUCUAUCACAUGAUGAUAAAGAUGGUACUGAAAAUGAAAACGUCGGAUAUGCUACUGUUGAAGAAUCGUCUAUCGGCAAGAAGACUGUUACUAGAACAUGGUCUGACGUUGAUCUAAUUGCACAAGCUGUUUUAUUCUUUAUUGCUGGCUUUGAGUCAGUAUCAAUUGCGGCGUCCUUUGCACUAUUUGAGCUGGCUCGUCAUCCUGACAUCCAGGAGCGACUGGCACGAGAAAUUAAAGAGCAAAAUGUGAAAAAUGGCGGAAAAGUGGACUUCAGUUCUUUACAAAGCAUGAAAUACUUGGAUAUGGUAAUUUCAGAAAUCAUUCGUUUAUGGCCACCUGGUUUAUCAAUGGAAAGAAUUUGUACUAAGGAUUAUAACUUAGGAAAACCUAACAGUAAGGCGGAAAAAGAUUUUAUCAUAAGAAAGGGAGAGGUUGUAUGGAUGCCUAUAUGGUGUUUCCAUCGUGAUCCGAAUUACUUUCCGAAUCCUGAAAAAUUCGAUCCUGAACGUUUCUCUGACGACAAUAAACAUGAAAUUAACCAAAUGGCUUAUAUGCCUUUUGGGUUUGGUCCUAGAAAUUGUAUUGGCUCAAGGUUUGCUCUUUGUGAACUAAAGGCUCUGCUGUAUCAAAUUCUCCUGCACUUAGAAGUGUCUCCGUCAAGUAAAACUGUAUUCGCUACUGAGUUUGACACAGAUUUCUUCAACCCAAGGCUUAAGGGUGGACAUUGGUUGAGAUUUAAAAGCCGCAACUGAGACUUUGUUUAUUCGUUGAGUUAAAGUUAUAUUACUUACGAUUUUUAGUCUAAUGUCCAGGUUAAUUUUGAUUGGCUACGUUUCGACUGUAAUUUUUUUCUUUUCGUAAUUUUUUAAGUGAAUAAAGUUUGACAUAAUUAAACCUGA